AUGACAUCGCAAUUUGUCCCAAAAACCACCCCAUUAAUGAUAACGACGAAGUUUUGCAACACUGUAUUAAGAAAUAAGGCUCAGGCUAGAGAUCACGAUAACCUUCAACUCGAAGUGUUGGGGAGGAAAUGCGGGACGUGUGGAUUACGCAAUCAAGGCGCUCGAGGAACUAAUUUGCAUCCGGAGGGGAAGCAACAUCAAAUUUCCAUUGGGUUUGCUCAGAAAAGGCAAUUGAAGCUAAUAGAGAAGAAACAUUGCGUUGGUGUUUCUAUGCUAGAGCAUUUUAUGGCCAGCAAUAAAGUAGGGGAGAAGAGAGCGAAGUUCUCAGAUUCAAACGAUUAUGGAUCACUUCACCGUAAAGCCCAAUUUGGUGAUCCCGAAGAGCAAAACGAGGAUAAUUCUUUCAAUUUAGAUACCAACCAGAUGAGACGUUUCACGUCCAGAACCAAUACCUCGCUUGCUCCUGCGGAAUUUCAAGCAAUAUAUUAA